AUGGAAAUGCAUAAUAAUGGGAGAGAUGAUCAUGGCUUCAUCGAUAUGGUGCUUUCAUGGUCCCGUCAAGACGGCAUCUUUAAUCACAAUCUCUACAGGCAUCAGGUGGAGACAAUUCCGGAUGUGUUCCCAAGUGCCGAAAAAUAUCUAUCUUCAUUUUUCUUCCCAUUGCUGGAAGAAACUCACUUCGAACUGGCUUCUGCCUUCGAGGAUGCCUACAGAGCACCAUAUGCGAAUGUAACUCGGCUUCAUGAGUGGAAGAAGAAGGAUAAAUUUUACGAAGUGAACGUAGAUCAUUGGACGAACAUUGGCAAAGAUAGUGAUGGAAAACCAUACCGAACCUUGCCGGGCGACAUUCUCCUAGUUUCGGACAGGAAACCAGAAAAUGCAUCUGAUAUGCGGCGUACUGGUUGGACUUAUACAUUGGCAUCUGUAAUACAAGUUUCUGACAAACAAGGUGAUGACGAUGAAGAAGGUGACGAUGCCAUUUCAUCACCCGUUGCAUUCAAAAUGGAAACAGCUGUCGCCAUGGACGUCGAGUUUGUAAAAAACAGGUCAUUUUAUGUCAUUCACUUAAUGAAUGUGACCUCCAAUAAAAGAAUCUGGAAUGCACUUAGGAUGCAUCGGAAUAUGAAGAUCAUCUCAAAAGUGUUGGACAGGAAUGCCUUGGAUGAUGAAGUCUGUGAAUUCUGUCAUCCCAAAUCAGAGGGCGAAAUGGGAGAGAUUCUUGGCUCUGUUUUAAUGUCGAAGCUGAAUGAAUCACAGAGGGAGGCGAUUUUCGCGACUCUGUGCAAAAUCGAAUGUGACCACAAGCCAUCUGUGGAGCUCAUCUGGGGGCCUCCAGGAACUGGAAAAACUGCUACACUAAGUAUGUUGUUGUUUGGGCUAUUGAAAAUGGGCGUUAGGACAUUAGUUUGUGCACCGACGAAUGUGGCGAUUACUGAACUGGCCUCGCGGCUUGUGGCAUUGGUGAGGAACUCUGUCGAGGAUGACGUGAUUUGUCCUUUAGGGGACAUUCUUCUCAUGGGAAAUAAGGAUAAUCUGAAAAUUGGAUCAGACAUUGAGGAGAUCUUCUUGGAUAACCGUGUUAAAGCUCUCUUCAAUUGUUCCCUUGCUGCAACUGGCUGGAGGGGAUCGGUUUCGGCCAUGCUUGAUUUUCUUAACAAUGCUGUGGCUCAACACGAAGUCUAUGUAGAAAAUGAGCUCAUCAAAGUGAAGGAGGGUCUACAUGAUGAUGGCCAGGAACCUGCUAUCAAAUCAUUUCUAGAAUUCGCCAGGGAAGGAGUCGAAAAGGUGGCCCCAAAUCUACGAAGUUCGCUGAUAACAUUAGUUACUCAUCUGCCAAGAAGUUGCAUAUCUGAGAGCAAUGUUGAGCUCAUUGUUCAGCUAAUGUCUCUUCUUGAGUCCAUCGAAGCUUUGUUGUUCGACGAUCGUAGCAUGACAUCCGAGAAGUUGAAGAUGAUCUUUCAGACAAGUGGUUCGGAGGAGUCAGUAAACACAUCAUCGUUGAUAUGUAUCAGAAGCCAGUGCAUUUCUAUUUUGAAGUAUCUUCACUCUUCCCUCACCAAACUUGUCGACAAUGGAAUUUCUAAUAAAGGUUCCUGUAUAAGAAAAGCUCAAUUAAUAUUUUGCACGGUUUCAUCCUCCUACAAGCUGCAUUCAGUUGAUAAGGAGAAAUUUAAAUUGUUGGUCAUCGAUGAGGCUGCGCAAGUGAAGGAGGCUGAAUCGAUCAUCGCCCUUCAGAUCCCUGAGGUGACACAUUGUGUUCUUGUGGGCGACGAAUGCCAACUAACUGCGAUGGUCAGCAGCGAGUUGGCUAAAGAAGCUGGCUUUGAGAGAAGUCUUUUUGAAAGAUUAAGCUCAUUGGGUCAUAAGAAAUAUUUACUUAAUAUGCAAUACAGAAUGCAUCCAUUAAUUAGUAGGUUCCCCAAUUCGACUUUCUACAGCAACCUCAUAUUAGAUGCACCUGUCGUGCGACGUGAAAGCUAUGAGAGACACUACCUUGAAGGUAGGAUGUUCGGUUCCUAUUCCUUCUUGGACGUUCGUGGAGGGAAAGAGGAAUUCGACGAUGUCAGGAGCAGUAGAAGAAAUAUGGUUGAGGUAGCCGUAGCAGUGAUUAUUGUGAAGAAACUCUUUAAAGCAUGGCAGUCAAAGUUUCCUACAGAGAAACUUAGCAUUGGUUUAGUGUCUCCCUACAAUUCUCAAGUUGCAGCUAUUCGAGAUAGAAUUGGAAAGAAGUAUGACAAUUUUGAUGGCUUUGCGGUUAAGGUGAAGUCCAUUGAUGGAUUUCAAGGCGGAGAGGAAGAUAUCAUAAUUAUAUCAACUGUGAGGUCGAAUAACGUUGAAUCUAUUGGUUUCUUGUCUAGUCCUCAACGAGCAAACGUUGCACUGACCAGAGCACGGCACUGUCUCUGGAUUUUAGGAAACGAAAGAACAUUGUGCAAACCAGGUUCAGUAUGGGAAGCUUUGAUAAAUAAUGCCAAGCUUCGUGACUGCUUCUUCAUUGCCGAUGAAGAUGAAGAUAUUGGAAAGACUAUCGUAGAUGUCAAGAAAGAUUUGGAUCAGCUCGAUGAAUUUCUAACUUCGGACAGUAUACUAGUUCAGAAGUGUAGAUGGAAGGUUAUAUUCAGCGACAACUUCCGCAAGUCAUUUCAGAAGUUGAAACCUUCAUAUGUUAAAAAGCUGGCUGUAGCGAAGCACUACAUUUUGUGCACCAUUGAUCUUACAAAAGAAUCUUACUACAAGCAAGUUCUGAAAGUUUGGGACAUAUGUCCUGAGGCCGGGGUGCCAAAAGUUUUGCCACUCCUUGAAGGAAUAUUAGCCAUGUUAACGGACGAUUUUAUAAGCCACUGCAAUGAGAAACUAAUCGAGGGUACUUUGGAAGUGCCUAAGACUUGGUGGAAAGCUAAGGAUAUAAUCCGUUACAAGAAUGCAAGUGAUGCUAACUCCAACGACAGCAAAAGUGCUUCUGCUGCUGACUGCCCAAGUUGUGUUGAGAAUUCGAAAGUUAAUGAAAGCUUGCUUUUGAUGAAAUUUUAUUCCUUGUCUCCUGCCAUUGUCAAUCAUUUACUCUCUGAUUCCAAGGAUCAAGAAGUUGAUCUCCCGUUCGAUGUCACCGAUGAGGAGCGCGAAAUCAUAGAAUUUUGUCGGAGCAGCUUCAUAUUGGGAAGAUCUGGCACAGGAAAAACAACUAUAUUAACUAUGAAGAUUUUCAAGAAGCUACAGCAGUACUGCAUUGUCUCUCAAGAUUUUCAAACAUCAGGUGGAUCGAGGGACAAUGUUUUGCGCCAGCUUUUCGUGACUGUGAGUCCCAAGCUCUGCUAUGCUGUAAGAAAGCAUGUAUCUCGACUUAAAAGCUUUGCAAGUGGAGGCUUCUCUGGAGAUGACGACAUAGAAGACUUUGAUGACAUGAUCGGGUUUAAAGAUAUUCCGGACACUUUUGUUGGCAUCAGUACAGACAAGUACCCGCUGGUAAUAACAUUUCACAAGUUUCUGAUGAUGCUCGAUGGAACCAUCGGGAAUUCGUAUUUUCAGAGGUUUCGCGACCUCCGUCGUUCCCUUCAAAAGGAUGGUGGAAGAUCAGUUGCGCUGGAUGCGUUCCUAAGGAAUAAUGAGGUCACCUUCGACCACUUCCGGUCGUCCUACUGGCCUCGUUUCAAUUCUAGUCUCACAAAGAGCCUUGAUCCUUCGAGAGUGUUCACUGAAAUCAUGUCUCAUAUCAAAGGAGGUCUUCCGGAAGGUGAAAACUGCGACAGCAAGAGAAGCAGAGAUGCUUACCUUUCUUUGUCUGACAGCCGAGUGUCGACAUUAAGUGUAGACCAAAGGGAUAUGAUAUAUGACAUCUAUGAGAGCUAUGAGAAAAUGAAAAAGACUCGCGGCGAAUUUGAUAUGGCGGACUUUGUGUUGGAUGUUCUUCGCCGGCUCGAAGAGUCAGGGGAUCUUCCCGGCGACAAAAUGGACUUUGUCUACAUUGAUGAGGUGCAGGACCUCACCAUGAGACAAAUAUGCCUUUUCAGGUAUAUAUGCAGCAAUGUCGACGAAGGUUUUGUUUUCUCUGGCGACACAGCGCAGACUAUUGCUCGAGGGGUAGACUUUCGGUUUGAAGACAUUAGAUCUUUAUUCUACAAUGAGUUUUACAUGAAGUCGAACAGCUCAAAAUCUUCGGAAAGAAAUGUGAAAGGGGUGAUAUCUGAUAUCUUUAGCCUAUCACAAAAUUUCCGGACUCACAUUGGAGUACUUAGAUUAGCACAAAGUGUGACUGAUCUCAUUUCCCAUUUCUUCCCACAAUCCAUCGAUGUUUUGGCUCCGGAGACGAGUCUCAUAUAUGGCGAGCCCCCUAUUUUUCUGGAACCUGGCUGCGAUGAGAACUCGAUUAUACCAAUUUUUCAGAAUAGUGCUAGUGCCGGUGAACAAUGGGUUGGAUUUGGCGCAGAUCUGGUCAUACUCGUAAGAGAUGAUUCUGAAAAAAUGGAAAUCUCGAAGUAUGUUGGCAAUCAAGCUCUUGUUCUCACGAUACUUGAGAGUAAAGGCCUCGAGUUUCAGGAUGUUUUGUUGUACAACUUUUUUAGUUCUUCGCCUUUGAGGAACCAGUGGAAAGUUGUAUAUGAAUUUUUGAAAGAAAGAGAGCUUCUUGAUGAUGACUCUCCCAAGUCCUUUCCGAGCUUUAGCCAAUCCAGGCACAAUUUGUUGUGCUCUGAGUUGAAGCAACUUUAUGUUGCAAUUACCCGAACUCGGCAGAGGCUGUGGAUCUGUGAGAACACUGAGGAAGUGUCGAAGCCAUUGCUCGAUUACUGGAAGAAAUUGUGCCUUGUGCAGGUGAAGAAGCUCGAUCCAUCGCUAGCGCAAGCUAUGCAAAAGGUGAGCAGCGCCGAGGAGUGGAAGUCACAAGGAAUGAAGCUAUUUAUGGAAAAUAACUUCGAGGUGGCGUCUAUUUGCUUCGAAAAAGCUGGCGAAGUAAUGUGGGCGAAACUGGCCAAAGCUUCUGGUCUUAGAGCUUCAGCCUUCUCUUUUAGAGGUACAAAUCCUUCCAAGGCAAGCAUGAUGCUUCUAGAAGCUGCCGAGAUAUUCGAUUCCAUUGGUAGAGCUGAUUCUGCCGCAGAAUGCUUUUAUGACUUGGAACAAUAUGAAAGAGCUGGAAAUAUAUAUCUGCAGAUGGGUAGCUUGUCCGAGUUAAGGAAAGCCGGUGAAUGUUUUUGUUUAGCUCGAAAUUACAGAACUGCAGCUGAAGCUUUCGCCAAGGGGAAGUUUUUCAAGGAGUGCUUAACUGCCUGCUUUAAAGGAAGUAUGUUUGACUUGAGCUUGCAGUUCAUCAAGUCGUGGAAACAGGAAGUGUCAAGGAAUAGUUUGAUCAUGGCAAGAACCAACGAGAUCAACGAAAUUGCAGAUGAUUUCGUAAAAAAAUGUGCCAUGAUCUUUCACCGAAGAAAGGACAACAAAAUGCUGAUGAAGUUCAUUGAAGCUUUUCCGACGAUGGAGUCCAAACGCAACUUCUUAGAGUCUUUGAAACGGCUCGACGUUCUUAUAGUUUUGGAGGAAGGAUUGGGAAACUUCGACGAGGCUGCUGUUAUUGCCAAGCGUAUUGGGGACACUACGCGCGAGAUUGAUCUACUUGAAAAGGCAGAACAGUUCGAAAAUGCUGCCGGGCUUGCUCUAUGUUAUGUGCUCACGAAUUCUCUAUGGCUGCCCGGAGAUGGUAAGGAAUGGCCACUCAAGUCGUUCCCGAAGACGGAACUCCUUUUAGCUAAAGCAAAAUCGAUUGCGCAGAGAGUUUCCGAGGCAUAUCAUUCUUCGGUCUGCUCUGAGGCGCGAGUUUUGUCCCAUGGGAUGAUAAGCCUUCCUGAAUUGAUGCGAUGCUACGUUACUUCGAAGCAAAAUGGGACUGAUGUAGGCGAAAUAAUCGCCAUCCGGAAGCUUCUGGAUGCUCACAUGGAAGUACUUCCUGCGAACCUGAAAAGCGAGGUCGAAGUUGAUGUUACUCCAGAUUUGUUUGAGGAAAGGAUUUUGCGGAGUCAUCUCUCGAUUGCUACGCUAUUUUACGUCUGGAAUUUAUGGAAGGCGAAGAGUUUGGAGAUCUUGGAGUGCUUAAACUCUCUCGGGAGUAUGGAUUUCAUUGAAUGUGCAGGCAUUGUUCGAUUUUGCUUCAACUAUUUCGGAGUGAGGUUGCUGGAUGAUAAGAGUUUAAAAUGCAUUGUUUUGAACUGCGACGCCGCAUGGUUGAAGAAUGUCGACGGGAGCUCUUUGGUGCGCAGCGGAAAGCUAAUGAUACUCAAUGCUCGCCAUUUUGCAUCCGCAGCUCGGAAGCAUUGGCAGCAGGAAUUUCUUUCUGUGGGAUUACGCGUGCUGGAAAUUCUGAAAUCAUUUUACAGGCUUCCUGCGUCGAAGGGCUUGUCGAAAGACUGUUUGAACAUAUGCUUGAUUUAUAUUUUCGACAUUGCGAAAUUCUUCGUCGAAAAGAAAUCGUAUGCUGCGAAGAAAGCUGAAGCGGGGAAGCUGCAGGGUUACGUCGAACUCUCGAUGAACUACUUCGAAAAUGCUUUCCCUUUGGAUCCACGGCAGUCGUUGUCCGAAAACAUGGUUUAUACUAGGGGAACUCAACUUUCGAAGAAUCUACUUGAGCACGUUAUCGAUAUUAAUAUUAGCAAUUUGGGUGACGAGAUCACAUACGGGCAGCUCGGACGAGUGACGAUGAUCCUACUCGGAUCGGGCAUGCCUUCACACGACAUUCGUUGUCUGAUUGCCGAAAGGCUUGGUAAGAGUUCUACAUGUUGGAAGCCUUUCUUCGAAAAUCUUGCUGAGUAUUUGCGAUGUGGGCAUCGAGAAGUAGUGAGUUACGAGCUUUACAGAGCAUUAGAGGAAGCUUACAACGUGAAUUGGACGGCGAAGGAUUAUAUAUCUCCCAAGUGUUUCUUCUAUCUCGUCGAAAGGCUUUUGAUUUUGGUUCCUUACGGUUCGAGCUUCUUCUUCGCUUCAAAGUCUUCAUUUUGCGAAUACCUAUUGUGUCUGAAUUCUGAUGUGGAUCCGGCCGCCAUGUUGGUUCCGGAGGAGCUGAUCGAUGUUGGAAAUGCUCUGAAUUUCGUCUAUGACUGUGUUCUGGAAUGUCUGAAUGAUCCUAAGACUACUGCGAAAUGGAUUGAGAAGUCGGCAGUCGACUGCAAGUACUAUUUUCCAGUGCUGUUUCUGAGGUUGUUCUUGAUUCUUCUUCUGCUAUGUCUGAACUCGAGGUUUGACAUAGGCGUGGUAACUAAGUUGCUAAGGCUUCCGUACAUCAGAUCGCAGCUGCCGAAUCAUUUUUGUGAUAUGCUUUGUAAUCGGAGGUUAUGGGACGAGGAGUCGAAGGUGGAUGUUGUUGCGGCAGCGUUCAAGUCUGUCGGGGAUCCUCUUGUGGUAGUUUCGGUGACUGGGAAUUGCCCGAAAUCGUCGUGUCCGAAGGAUGCCAUUGCAAUCGAACUAGAGUCAUUUAAGACGCGUGAUGAGGCUGUAAGAAGGCUUUUUGUCUGUGACAGGUUGAGCUGCAGCAGCAGCAUUCUCGAAUCGAAAUCGGAAGCUGAUGAUAAUCCAGAUGCUCCUGCAGCUGCUAAUGGUGAAUGCAUCAGCAGCAGUGAUGGUGGUUUUGUUGCAGGCGAAGAUGAAGGUGUCGAGAGUAUAACCACUUUGAAGGCUGCUGAUAAUUCAGAUGCUGCUGCUGCUGCUGCUUUUAAUGGCGAAUACAUCGACGAGCACGAUGGAGAUGAAGAUGAAGAGAACAAGUGUAGAACUGCUGCUGUUGAGGUUGAAGAGGAAGAGGAAGAGGAAGAGGAAGAGGAAGAUAAUUUGGUAGCUGGGGCUGGGAAUGGAUGA